AUGAGUCUCCGAACAGCUAUGUCCCUGCCACGGAGGGCGACUUGCUUCCAUGCGUCCGCAGUGGAUCCCCGACGCUGGCCGUCCAGCAAGGCCCGAGCUUUCUCCACAACCAUGCACCGUGAUGCGACGUGGGGCUUUGUCGGAUUGGGGCAAAUGGGCUAUCAUAUGGCCAAAAACCUGCGCGCCAAGAUUCCCGCAUCCGAUACAUUGAUUAUUCGCGACGUUAACGAAGAUGCCAUGAAACGAUUUGUGGCGGAGGCCCGAGAGACUGCACAAAGCAAUGGCGCAGGCGCCAAUGAAGGCCAAGUUGAGAUCGCUCAGAGUGCGCGAGAGGUCGCCGAGAAAUCAAUAGUCAUGGUUACCAGUCUCCCAGAGUCUCAGCAUGUGAUUGAAGUGUUCCACUCCAUCCUUAAACAUGGAGCGCUGCCACCACUCGAGCAAGAGCGGCUGUUUAUUGACGCAUCUACCAUUGACCCCGUCACAUCCAAAGAUAUUGCAAACGCCAUCCACACCACGCAAACCGGCCGCUUCGUGGAUGCCCCCGUAUCAGGAGGUGUGGUCGGUGCUCGCGCGGGAACGUUGUCAUUCAUGUUCGGCGCUUCUUUACAGACAGACGAGCAGCUUGAGCGCAUUCGCGAUGUCCUCGCUUUGAUGGGCAAGAAAGCCUGGCAUCUUGGUGAGCCCGGUGCUGGGGUGUCCGGCAAGCUCGCCAACAACUACAUUUUGGCUCUAAAUAAUAUCGCCACUGCUGAGGCUAUGAACCUCGGCGUUCGCUGGGGACUCGACCCCAAGGCUUUGGCGGAUAUGAUCAAUUCCUCGACUGGUCGUUGCUGGCCUUCUGAGAUUAACAAUCCUGCUCCUGGUGUCGUUGAAACAGCCCCUGCGUCGCGUGGAUACGAGGGCGGAUUCGGGGUGAGUCUCAUGCACAAGGACCUUCGCUUAGCUCUUGCGGCUGCAGAACAGUCUCAUACUCCACUCGCCCUGGGCGCUCAGGCUCGUGAGGUGUAUAAGGCUGUUGAAGAGAAGCACCGUGGUAAGGAUUUCUCGGUGGUUUACAAGUGGUUGCAAGAGAAGUCUCAAUAG